AUGGCCGAUAAGGCGACCGCUGCGAGCGGCUAUGCGCCAGUGCUUUCGGCUCUGGCGACCAUGCAGAGCGGUGCUGCCAAAGAAGAGAAAACCAAUGCCCAUGAAUUCCUUGAAAAGUUUCAGAAAUCGUUGGAAGCAUGGAACACCACUCAUGCAAUCUUGCAAGACUCGUCUGCCCCGGUAGAGGCCAGACUAUUUGCUGCAACAACACUGAAGGGAAAAAUCACUUAUGACCUCCAUCAGCUCCCAGCCGAUGCCCUCACACCUCUCCGAGACUCUCUCCUCUCUUUGCUUCAACUCUACAUCUCGGGUCCUCGACCUAUUCGGACGCAAUUAUGCGUAUGCCUGGCGAUCCUGGCAAUUCAGUUGACAUCAUGGAAAGACGUCUUGAGAACAGUGGGAGCAGCUGUUGGCAACAGUAGUGACGGCGGAGACUGUCUGCUCGAUUUUCUGCGCAUCUUACCAGAAGAAGUCACAGAAGGCCGCAAGAUCAACCUCUCAGAAGAGGAACUUGCCGAUCGGACCAAGGAACUCCUAGAGGACAACUCCGCUCAGGUCUUGAGUCUUUUGGUCUCUUAUGCCCAAUCAUCAACCCAAGCUGCUCACAAUCCUCACCUGUAUUCCUGUAUCGCAUCAUGGCUUCGGGAAAUCCCCACAAUCGACAUUGUGAACUCGCCUCUUUUGAAUGAAAUCAUCGACGCCCUCCAAGAUAGUGAUUCCUUCGAAGCAGCAGUUGAUUGCCUUUGCACCAUGUUCAGAGACACCCGAGAUGUCGACGAAUCACAAAGCGUUAUUCGAAUACUCUAUCCGAGGAUUGUCAAGCUGAGGCCCAUGAUCGCAGAAGCCGCUUCCACGGAAGACAACGACCUCAUGAAAGGCAUUACAAGACUUUUUGCGGAGGCCGGUGAAGCAUGGGUUGUACUCAUUGCACGCAUGCCGGACGAUUUCCGUGAGCUCGUCGAAUGUGUCCUAGAAUGUUGCGUACGUGACAAGGACCGAGAAGCUAUUUCGGUCACGUUUAUUUUCUGGUAUGAACUCAAGCAGUCCCUGACUCUCGAAAAAUAUAUGCCCGCUCGAGCGGCCCUCGCGGAUCUCUACUCGAAACUCGUAGAUGUCAUGAUCAAACAUCUCGAGUUUCCCACGCCGGAAAACGGCGAUGAGAAGGACCUCUUUGAUGGGGAUCGAGAAGCAGAGGACAAAUUCCGCAGUUUUCGGCAUAACAUGGGCGAUGUCCUGAAGGACUGCUGUGAAGUCAUUGGCGUCACAGAGUGCUUGACAAAGGCCUUCUCUCUGAUACAAACCUGGGGACAGAAAUAUGCCUCGCAGGUUUCAGGCACAACUGUACCACAUUGGCAAGAACUUGAAGCGCCACUCUUCAGCCUCAGAGCAAUGGGUCGCAUGGUCAGCCCAGAGGAAAGCACCGUGCUUCCACAGGUCAUUCCUUUACUUACCACGGUCCCAGAUCACGAGAAGCUGAAGUUUCAAGCGAUCAUGGCCCUAGCUCGCUAUACUGAAUGGACUGCUCAACAUCCGGAAACGCUCGAGGCACAGCUUAACUAUGUCAUCUCCGGAUUCAGUCACAGCUCCCAGGAAGUUGUGCAGGCGGCAGCAUUAGCCUUCAAGUUCUUGGGCACUGACUGCCAGAAGUUGCUGGGCGAUCACGUCCCGCAGCUCCAUAACUUCUAUGAGAGCGUUAUCGACAAGCUCAAAUCGACAAGCCAGGAAGAAGUCACUGAAGGGGUUGCAGCGGUUGUCGCAGUGCAACCAGUUAGCAAGAUCUAUGAAACCAUGAAGAUGUUCUGUGAUCCGGUCAUGAGGAGAGUGGUUGCACUUGCUGCACAAGCAAGGGAUGAAAAUGCCGAGAAGACUGUCGCUGACUACCUAGGGCUGAUGACAAUCUUUUUCGAAUGGGUACAGCCCUACGUUUCGCCAUCUGAAGAGAAUCCGGCAGUCAAAUAUUGCCAAGAAGUGCUCCCGGCUCUUUCACAAAUGGCAAAGCACUUCACCCGGUCCAUGCCAAUCCUGGAGAGGGUUUGCAAGUGCUGGAGGUCCAUGGUCAUAUCUUAUCGGACCGCAACAGCUCCACUUCUGCCCACACUUGCGACUAGUAUCGCCGAGGGCUUUGAAGCAUCACGACAAGGCUGUUUCCUGUGGGCAACUGACGCUGUAAUUCGAGAAUUCUCGUACGGGGCGGAAUUCGUUGACGAGGCGACGAGCGACAACGUCUAUCGAUUCUUUGCCCAGCAGGCCACGGUCUUUUUCAGAAUCCUCGCAGAACUACAACCCGUCGAGCUCCCCGAUGUUAUCGAGGACUUCUUCCGCCUGGCUUCUGAUGCGGUUCGAUUCUAUCCCCGGAAAACACUUACCUCGAACCUUGCCUUGCCGAUGGUCAACGCGUCAUUGACGGCCCUCACACUGCAAUCAGUGGAACCAAUUCAAGCUACAUUGCACUUCUUGAGAGACUUCCUUGAUUUUGGAUUUGAGAAACCACCCAUCUCCAACUUCAACGGACCUAAUGGCGAACCAACAUCCGGGAACCCACCAGAAGUCCAAGCAGCGGUGAGGCAAGUUCUGAGUUCUACAGGACAGGAACUGGUGCACCGAGUCUUGACCGGCAUGAUGUUCAGCUUUCCCGAGGAUUGCUUUCCAGAUGCCUCUGGCGUUCUCUUGUCUCUGUUCAGCUUGGCACCGCAGGCGGCAGCUCAAUGGGUUCAAGGGACUUUACAAGCUUUACCCGCAGGCACACUAAAGCCAGCGGAAGCGAAUAAGUUGAUGAAAGGCAUCAGUGACAAGCUACAGCAAAACGAACCACGAAAAGUGCGUGUGUUACUCCAGGACUUUACGAAUUCGUAUCGACGACGGAUCGUGGCGCCGCGUGAAGGGUUGGGGAGGUUGGAAGCGGCAAGGUUCAAGUUCAGCGGCUGA